CGCAGUACCGUCUGCGCCUCCGCAGACCACCGUCUCCCCUCCUUCCCCGCCGCGACUACCGAUGCGUCGAGCCAUUCGCUCAGCCCGUUGCAGCGAGCAGCUUGCUACUCGCGAGGACGUUGUGUCCUUUCUUCUGGACUUGAGCAUGCUCCUGGCUCGUCAGGAGCGACUCACCCUCCAUGUCGCUGCAUUGCGUCGCCUUCUCGCCAUCCUCUCUGACCCUGAUCGCACCCUCCCGAUCAUCCUGGUACGACUCGGGACCUCCACGAGGGUGUACUCCGCGCUGUGGGAUUCCGGUUCUCAGGGCGACUUCAUUCACCCACGCGUGGUGAAAGAAGCUCGCUUACCCACAACAGGGUCUCAAACUCCCAUUUCUGUUACCCUAGGGGAUGACAAGACCCAACGCUUCUUCGAUCAGACGGUCUCCGACCUCCCUUUCUUCCUCACUCUCGAGCCGACUGAUCGUCCCCCAGCGUCUCGUCGCCGCUGCUCCUCUGCACAUUUCGAUGUGAUGGAGACGGGGUACAACUUCAUUCUCGGCACUCCGUGGUCUCGUCGGUUCCGCAACACCGAGGCGGAUUGGGCGACCAACACUCUCGUUCUCAAAAUGAAGUGUGGACAGACGUAUCGCGUAUCUUUCAUAGGUACCACCGCGACACCACUCCCCGAUCCUCCUCCCCCGGAGCCUUCCGUUCCCACACCAUCUCCUUCUAUCACUGUCACCUCGCCUCGGUUGUUCGCCCACUUCAUCCGACAGGACGAUGUCACCUUCUUUAUGGAGAACGUGACGGAUCUCUUACACUAUGAUUCACCCUGUCCCGACGCCGAGCUCAUCCUUCUGGAGCCAGAUCCUACUUCUAUCUCCAUGGCUCCCAUCUCUAUUUUCGUCCCUCCGCCGUCCGUCGAGUCCACUCCGUCGUCGCGCGCUGACGCUGACGCUGAGGAACUCGCACGAUAUACGGCUGACCUGGAGCCCGCAGUUCGUGACCUCAUCCGAGAGUACCACGACGUUUUUCCAUCAUCGUUUUCGUACGCCGGCAUCCCACCGAUGCGUGAUGUCGAACACUCCAUUCAGCUUGUGCCUGACUAUCAUGUUCACCACCAGGCACCCUACAGACUCUCGAUUCCUGAGGCUACCGAACUCAAGCGUCAGCUUAAGGAGCUCCUGAGACUGGGUUUCAUUAAGCCCAGCAACUCUCCGUGGGGUGCACCCCUCCUCUUUGUUCGCAAAGCGGAUGGAACUCUUCGUCUCUGCAUCGACUACCGCGGUCUCAACCGCUACACGGUUAAGAACAGCUACCCCAUGCCUCGUUCUGAUGAGCUGUUCGACUGCCUAGCAGGCAACCGCUUCUUUACGAAGAUUGAUCUUCGUAGCGGUUACCAUCAGAUCCGCAUCGCUGCAGCCGACCAGCCGAAGACCGCGUUCCGAUUGCGCUUCGGCCACUACGAGUUUACGGUGAUGCCAUUCGGCCUCACCAACGCACCCGCCACCUUCCAGAGGGCGAUGAACGACAUCUUGAGGGACAUACUAGAGCAGUACGUUCUCGUUUACCUUGAUGAUAUCCUGGUCUACAGUCGUACCCUUGAGGAGCACCUCAGGCACCUCCGCGACGUCCUUGACUGCUUGCGCAGACAUGGCUUCUACGCCAAGCUCAGCAAGUGCCGCUUUGCCCAGCAGAAAGUGGAGUUCUUUGGACAUUACCUGUCUGACCAGGGUCUCCACAUGGACGACGCGAAGAUCACUGCUAUUGCGGAGUGGCCUGCUCCCACAUCCGCCAAGCAGUUUCGCAGCUUCCUAGGCUUGACCAGCUACUAUAGUAACUUCAUCCGGGGAUACGUGCACGUGAGGUCGUCGACAUCGUGUUUGACCGAGUCGUGCGUGAUCACGGCUUACCUCUCAGCAUCAUAUCUGACCGUGACCCGCGCUUUACCAGUCGAUUCUGGCGACGGCUCCACGAGGUGCCAGGAGGCGCAACGAGUCUCAUUGCAAGGCUUCUGCGUCGGCAUGCAGUCGUCUCCUCUGCAGGGCGCUCUGCAAUCGUCUCCAGUGCAACUGUGCAAGGCUUCGGCGGCUUGGGACAGUUGGCUCCCGUGCAGAGCUUCGGCGGUUUGGGGCAGUUCUUUCCUAUGCAGUUCCCUGAUGGCCUCGGGCAAUUGUCUCCCCUUCAAGGCAUCGGCGGCGGCACCCGCGGGCACGGGGCAGUUGUCUCCUCUACAAGGCAUCGGCGGCGGCGGCAUGGGGCAGUUCUCUCCUCUACAGGGCAUCGGCGACUGCGGCAUGGGGGACUUGUCUCCUCUGCAGUUCUUCGUUGACUUCGGCCAAUUUUUCGCCUCCACAAUGCAUAGGCGGCGGCAUUGCGCAGUCGUCUCCUCUACAAGACUACAAGUUAUCGGCGGCAGCUUGGGGCAGCUGUCUCCUGUGCACGGCAUUGGCGGCGGCAUGGGACAGUCGUCCCCUCUGCAACGCACUGGCGGCGGAAUGGGGCAGUUGUCUGCUGUGCACGUUAUUGGUGGUGGCACGGGGCACUUCUCCUCUGCAAGGCGUCGGCGACAGCCUGGAGGAGCCAUCUCCAUCUCCUCUGCAUGCCUGGGGCGGCUUUGGGCAGUUGUUUCCGGCUCAGUUCUUCGAUGCUUCGGAGCAGCUGCCUCCGGUGCAGUUCUUCAUUGGCUCAGGGCCGUUGCCUCCUGCGCAAGGCAGCGGUGGCGGCAUGGGCCCAUGGGCCCAUGGGGCAAUCGUCUCCUGUGCACGGCCUGGCGCAGGAGGACAAAUUACAAUCAUCUUCUCUGCCAGGCUUUGGGGGCUUCGGGCAGUUGACUGAACUGGACUCCUCAGACUCCGCUGCAACCCAUCUGCGGCGGCGGGAUGGGGCAAUCGGCUCCAUCUC